GACCCUGACACCUUUGCUGAUCACGUCAAAACCAUGCCGGACGCUACGUUUACCGUUGUCAACCCCACUUUGGGUCGAUCCAUCGUUCCACAAGACUCCGAAUCUUCAUCGUCAUCCCCCCAAAAUAUGGAAAACCAAGUCUACCUGCCUGGAUGGAAAACGCAAUACUUGUCACAACCUAUUCAACCCAACGCAACUUUGAAGCAUGAUUCCGACCUGUUUUUCGGCCUGGGAAGUUGCCCCUACAAAUCCGCGGAUGAGAGUGACCUCGAGGACAACAAUGGGGAGCGUUUUUUACGCUACUACAUGACCCUGCUGAGAUCUUGGUGUCUCCCAAAAGAGGUCAAAAUGAUGAAGAGGUUGAUUAAAGAUGGUGCCCUAGUCGUGUCGGGAACGAUUCUAAAGGUCAAUGAGGCCUAUUUACGAAGAGGCAAACUUUCUCCCACACAAUUGGAAGAUGUCAGCAUUGCGUUUGAAAUGCAUCUAUUUUCUCAAAUGGUGAAUGACGCGAGGUCAUCAUCCGUGGUAUCGAGAGCACCCGCAGGAAAACGGGUGUCACGAAGUGUCAGAUUUUUGGAAGACUUGAUCAUCAAGGGGGUUCAAGAAGCACGUUCCCUCACUCGGCGACAUUUUAUCCAUCUCACGCGUCAACUCAUUCUCGUGGCAAAAGUCACUUAUACAAAGCUUUUGCAAGAUUUUGACGUAAUUGAGCCGUGUGAUCGUUGCGUUUUUGACAAACGACUUAAUCUUAAUGACAGGAUGGAGGUGAUGGCACUUAUCCAGUGGUUACUUAAGGGGAUGGGGCCCUUAAAUAAGGCUGGGGCAGACAGUGUUAGUGCGGAGGACUCGUUUACUAAUUUUUUUAAUAUUAAUAACGCCGCGAUUGAAGCGAGGGUACAGAAUUAUGCGGAUUGAUGAGAAAUUUUGUUAGCAGAUUUUUAUAUUACAUAUGAAUUUACAUGAAAUUUUUGUUACGA